GCCAUAUAUAGCCCAUAGACUGUACUGUAUAUAUAUAUAUAUAUAUAUAUAUAUAUAUAUAUAUAUAUAGCCUAGAGUACUGUCAGCGGCAGGUUGUGCAUCUUGGCAAACGUCGGAAGUUACCUCAUCACGUUUUAAAAUUAAAUGCAUCGUUUUUUUCUGAAAUUAGCCGCGAGAACUUUCUAUUUCAAACUGUCGUCGAUUUACUGAAGAACGGGAACAGCUCUCUAUCAUGGCCGACUUAUCUUCGCUCCCCGAGCUUCCGCUCAACAUCGACGACGACGUGUUGGAGCUGAACAAGGAUUUGGAGAGAAUUAUAGAAGAAGUUGAAAAUAUAUCAGUGAAGCUGACAUGGAUGGCUUACGACCUGGUGGCACUGCGGACCAGUCCUGAGCUGGGGGACGCUAUGGACAAGCUGGAAGAAGCCUGUCACAGAUGCUUUGCUGGUGUCUGUGGAGACCAACAACAGGAGCCAGAGAUGGACAUGUGUCCUGACUCACCUACUUAGAUGGGAUUUCAGAGUUUUUAGUUUACAAGACUACAGCACUGAGCUGAAGUGGCAAUUCUUGAUAAAACUUGUAAAUGUUGUUUCAAAGUAAAUGCUAAAGCUCUGUUUCAGUGUUUACUGUGCUAUUUAGGAGCAGGUCUUUGGACUGAUGUUUCCGCUCUAAGACACAAUUUAGCUUACUUUUAGCUGUAAAAGAGUUUUAUUCACUAAUGUCAAGACUGCAGGUCUUUGAUUGUUGUUAGUUGAUGUUAGCUUGUCCUGCACAUUUUUAUUUGUUUUGUAGGUUAUAACGUUUUCUGACCUGUUAAAUUGGAUAGUAAAACAUAAAAAAAGA